ACAGGCCACGCCACUUACUCUUCCCUCUCUGCUCGCUAGUUUGCACUGGAUUCUACGCUGGACUGUCGCACGACCCGGACGUGUGUGUGUUAGAGAGAGACGCUUGACUCUCGACUCGCUGCUCUGCGUUCUAUGCUACACGCUGGAGUCUCGGACCGUCUACUACCCUUCGCUGGACUCGGACGUGUGUGUGUGUCUGAGAGAGAGAGAGAGAGAGAGGACUCUACUGGACUCGACUCGCUACGCAACAAGCACACAGACAUAUAAACUCAGACACGCAUACACACGCGCGCGCACUCAUCACAUAAUCACAGCCAUACAUUUUCGAGGGCGGUUCGUGCGGAUUUGUGGUCGCGAAGAUCUUGCUGGAGGUUGGGCUCUGCAUCGAGAAGUGAAGACGCUGAUGAUUGGGCUGUUCAGUGUGUAGAGUCUUAAAGACGACGGGGUCACCAUGAAUGAAGGCGGCCUUUCAAAGAGGUCAAAGAGGAAUGACAGGUAGAAAGAAGCGGACAUUUAUGGGCCUUAAUUACGAGAUCUGGGAGCACGUUGACAGGCUCGAGAGGACUGGAGCUGAAUAAAGAGUUGUACGGGCAAUGCAUUGUGCAAGAUUGGAACAGCGGUUUCGAGGGUCUAGGGCCUGGUGUGAAGGUGGGCGGUGACAGCGGGAGCGCUUCUGUCGUAAGCGCUUGUCGAUUGGUAUCAAUCAGGGUGGCGUGAACAAGGGUUUUGCGCGGGAGUUCUGUGGCACGGCGACGACUUUUGCACGCGGAGAGAAGAGGAGGAAAGGAGAGGGGGGGAGCCUCUGAGGGUUUGCGUUCAGAGGAAGCAGAGGAGAAGAUCUCGAAGACUGAUGCAGCAGUUGAAGGACAAGGAAGGGGUGGUGUGAGGUGAAGGAGGGUCGUUUGGUGUGGGAGGAGAGGGGAGGAUUUCGCCGGAAGGGGGAGGAGAAGGAGGAGGAAAGGAGGGUGUCUGUGAAGAAGAGAGAAAGGUUGUGCAAGAGGACGGUAAGGGCACUUGGUGGAGGGGUAAAAGAAGAAAAGGAGGAGAAGGAGGACAGGGUAGAGCGAUGAGGUGACAACGGUUGUGUCGGUAGGAGAGAGAGGGAUUGGGUCUGUGUGCAAGACUAUCUUGGGUAAGCUAGAGAGGAGGGGUAGGUGGGGUAGGUUGCGGGUUAGCGCGGUCACUGUCGAACCACUUGCAUAGUGAUGGCGGCGUCGUAUUCCGCCGCAGGAUCGGCUAUGGGGGGAGACUCUAGAGAGAUCCGUCUAUGGAACGACAAGAAGGAGCGGGAGAUGUAUGAAAGCUUUGCCGACCUGUUUGCUAUCAUCAAGACGACUGAAAAGUUGGAAAAAGCAUACGUACGUGAUGUUAUUAACGGCAAACAGUACGAGCCCGCUUGUAAUAAGCUGAUCGGGCAGUUUAAGACAUUGAGAACCUCAUUGAAGGACACGGUACCGGACGUGGAGAAUUUCAUGCGCACGUACAAAAUGGACUGUCCUGCUGCUGUGAAUCGUCUGCUGGUGGUGGGGAUACCAGCAACGUUGGAGCACGGGAAGCCCUGUGAGUCGUCAGGAAGCACGACUGUCGCGGUGGCAGAGACCGUUCAGCAUUUCAUCACAGCCAUGGAUUCGCUUAAGCUGAACAUGGUGGCCGUCGAUCAGCUCUAUCCCCUUCUCUGUGAUCUGCUAGGCUCGCUGAAUCGUGUUGCAAACCUGGGGCCCGAUUUUGACGGCAAGGUGAAGUUGAAAGAAUGGCUCGGGCGGCUAAGUAAAAUGGCGGCAAGCGAUGAGCUCAACGAGUCGCAGUCUAGGCAGCUUAUGUUCGACCUCGAGAGUGCCUACACGGCUUUCAUGAACUCCCUUCCCAAAUCUUCUUGAGUCAGGACGGAAGGGCGUACUCGGUACUCGCACACACUUGGACCCUCCAGAAAUGAAAAACGAAUCAACCCCCCACCCGGCCUGUCGGCGGCACACAGAUUGACAAAGCAAGCUAUUGCGAGCAUAUGCUGUAAGAAGCCAAACAGUUUUAAAAAUGACGGCGGCUACUCCUUCCUUGACGAAGGACUAGGAAGAGAAGGUUUGGGUGUGUGUGGGGGGGGGGGGAGAGGGGAAGGCGGUUAGGGCACAUCAGUUUGUCCGGCUAUAUGUGUUUAUUGAACCCAUCCAUCCAUCCAUCCAUCCAUCCAUCCACCCACCCACCCACCUAUCCAUCCAUCCACCCAUCCAUCCAUCCAUCCAUCCAUCCCUUAUCUGUUAAUCUAUGUACCUCUAUUCAUUCAUCUAAAGUUGUCGAUGAAGCGACGAUGCAAAAUGCAACCACGGCGCACUAGAGGCGGGGCGCGCAGGACAGUCAGGCGACAGGAGCUGUCAACGUGUGCUAUAGUGCGUUUGCAUGUUGUUUUCGUGUAGAACACGUGAUGGAGAAGCACGAUGAAGGAAAAACCCAUCAUAGAGAGAGGUGGGUUGGGCUCGUCAGUUUGAGUGGGCGUGGCCUGGACUUGCGUCGCUUGCCAGCCACGGCUUCAAGGUAGUAGUAGUAUUAGUAGUAGUACUAGUAAUCUAGUAGUAGUAGUAGUAGUAGUAGUAGUAGUAGUAGUAGUAGUAGUCUGUGACUCAAGUCUGUGAUUGAUUUUGUGAUUCCACAGGGUGGUUGUUAAGUCUGUGAUUGAUUUUGUGAUUCCACAGGGUGGUUGUUGCCUCCUGUUGUAUGUUUCUCUUUUCGUUGUCUUUUUCACCUUUGGGGGUUGGGCAUGGCGUGAUGCAAAAAUAAAGCCCUACUUGGGCUCCGAACCAUUGUUGAAAACACGAUAUAUUGAAUUUAGACUCCAGGCCGUGCUCAAUACGAUGCGGAAGGAAGAGGAGGGGGGGGAGGGGGAGGCGAAGUAAGUUCCUCUCGGGUCUUAGGACUACCGGUAGGAGGAGGGGGUAAGGUCCUCCAGGCUGUUAGGGUUAGGAGUCCGUGGCCGGGGGGGAGGGGGGGGGGGGGGGGGGGAAGGGGAGGGGGAUGGGAGGUUAGGUUCUCUAGGCUGUGCUCCAUAUGAUGUCCAUGCAAUCUUUUGAGGGUGACGUUGUUUGUUGAAGUAGGGAUUUGGGUGAGUUGAGUGAUGAAAGAAGGAGAAAAUUUGUGGGCAUGGUGAUUGGAUUAUUGGCCGGCCGGUCGCUGAUGGCAAUCGAGCAGUUAUUCAGCGCGCAUCACCACGA